AUGAUCUGUUUUUUAUUGUAUUUUGCUUCGUCACUUUUAUCAUUUCCUUUCAUUUACUUUUUCUUUUUUCUUUCUUAUAAUCUUUUAUUCUCUUUCUUCUACCUAACUCCAUUCAUUUUCUCUUAUUUUUUUUAUAUUAACUUUCUUAUAAUAUUCUGUUCUUCAUUCUCUUGUUCUAUUCUUCGCCUCCUUCAUUUUCUCUCAUUUACAUAUUCUUUUUUUUUUCUCUCUUAUAAUCUUUCAUUUUGUUUCUUCUACCUAACUCCCUUCAUUUUUUCUUGCUUUUUUUAUAUUAACUUUCUUAUAAUAUUCUGUUUUUCAUUCUGUUUCAUUCUCCCACGUUUUCUUCCAAUUCUGUCAUUCACAUUUUUUUUUAACUUUUUUUCUUUCGAAAUCUUCCAUUUAUCAUUUUUUCCUUAUAUUUUUUCCUUUUCAUUUCCCUUUCUUCUUGCUCUCUUCUUCCGUUUUUCUUUACUCUCAUUUUCAUUCUUUAUUGUUUUCCUUCUACAUUAUUUCCUCUCAUUACUUACAUCUUUCUUUUCUUUUCCUUCCUAUUUUCCUUCGGAUCUAUUAAAAUUAUUCGACUUUGCAUCUUUUUCCUUCAUUUUAUUAUUCCCAUCCUUUCUCUCUUUAUUAUUUGACAUUAUUCCGGCUUUCAUUCUUUUUUUUUCUAUCUUCUUCGUUCUUUCCUUUUCGUCCUUUUUUUUCACAUUUCAAUAUUUCCCCCUUUUUUACCUUAUUUAUUUUUUUCAUCGUAUGCUUAUUCCCCUUUUUUCUUUCUUUUUCUUUUCUUUUUCCCCCUCUAACAUUACUUUAUUCAUAAUUCUUUCAAUCCAUAUUUCUCCUUCGUUUCUCGUUCCUUUCUUCUUUCCCCUUUACUAA